GCCUCCCCAGCGUCGGCUCCCGGGCUGGCGGCGCGGGCCUUCCCACUCUACCCCGCGCCGCCUCACGGCCCCGGCCCUAGCUUCACCCCGACUAACCGGCGUGCGCGUCCUCCUGCCGGCCUGCAGGCCCGGGGCCUCCGCCUGCUUCCCCACAACUGCUCCUCGCGGCCCCGCUCGCGUUCACGCUGUCGCCCGGGCCGGCGCGGCCGCGGGCAACCGCUCCCCCUCCCACACCUACCCCGCCCCCUCCCCGCCUUUUCCGUCCUCCGGUUCCCCUCCCUCGGCCCGCUGCCGCUGCUCCAGAUGAGGUGAUGGCAACGGCCAACUUCGGCAAGAUCCAGAUCGGGAUUUACGUGGAGAUCAAGCGCAGCGAUGGCCGAAUACAUCAAGCAAUGGUAACAUCUUUAAAUGAAGAUAAUGAAAGUGUAACUGUUGAAUGGAUAGAAAAUGGAGAUACAAAAGGCAAAGAGAUUGACCUGGAGAGCAUCUUUUCACUUAACCCUGACCUUGUUCCUGAUGAAGAAAUUGAACCCAGUCCAGAAACACCUCCACCUCCAGCAUCCUCAACCAAAGUAAACAAAAUUGUAAAGAAUCGACGGACUGUGGCUUCCAUUAAGAAUGACCCUCCUCCAAGAGAUAAUAGAGUGGUUGGUUCAGCACGUGCACGGCCCAGUCAAUUUCCUGAACAGUCUUCCUCUGCACAACAGAAUGGUAGUGUUUCAGAUAUAUCUCCAGUUCAAGCUGCAAAAAAGGAAUUUGGACCCCCUUCACGUAGAAAAUCUAAUUGUGUGAAAGAAGUAGAAAAACUGCAAGAAAAACGAGAAAAAAGGAGAUUGCAGCAGCAAGAACUUAGAGAAAAAAGAGCCCAGGACGUUGAUGCUACGAACCCAAAUUAUGAAAUUAUGUGUAUGAUCAGAGACUUUAGAGGAAGUUUGGAUUAUAGACCAUUAACAACAGCAGAUCCUAUUGAUGAACAUAGGAUAUGUGUGUGUGUAAGAAAACGACCACUCAAUAAAAAAGAAACACAAAUGAAAGAUCUUGAUGUAAUCACAAUUCCGAGUAAAGAUGUUGUGAUGGUACAUGAACCAAAACAAAAAGUAGAUUUAACAAGAUACCUAGAAAACCAAACAUUUCGUUUUGAUUAUGCCUUUGAUGACUCAGCUCCUAAUGAAAUGGUUUACAGGUUUACUGCUAGACCACUGGUGGAAACUAUAUUUGAAAGAGGAAUGGCUACAUGCUUUGCUUAUGGGCAGACUGGAAGUGGAAAAACUCAUACUAUGGGUGGUGACUUUUCAGGAAAGAACCAAGAUUGUUCUAAAGGAAUUUAUGCAUUAGCAGCUCGAGAUGUCUUUUUAAUGCUAAAGAAGCCAAACUAUAAGAAGCUAGAACUUCAAGUAUAUGCAACCUUCUUUGAAAUUUAUAGUGGAAAGGUGUUUGACUUGCUAAAUAGGAAAACAAAAUUAAGAGUUCUAGAAGAUGGAAAACAGCAGGUUCAAGUGGUGGGAUUACAGGAACGGGAGGUCAAAUGUGUUGAAGAUGUACUGAAACUCAUUGACAUAGGCAACAGUUGCAGAACAUCCGGUCAAACAUCUGCAAAUGCACAUUCAUCUCGGAGCCAUGCAGUGUUUCAGAUUAUUCUUAGAAGGAAAGGAAAACUACAUGGCAAAUUUUCUCUCAUUGAUUUGGCUGGAAAUGAAAGAGGAGCUGAUACUUCCAGUGCGGACAGGCAAACUAGACUUGAAGGUGCUGAAAUUAAUAAAAGCCUUUUAGCACUCAAGGAGUGCAUCAGAGCCUUAGGUAGAAAUAAACCUCAUACUCCUUUCCGUGCAAGUAAACUCACUCAGGUGUUAAGAGAUUCUUUCAUAGGUGAAAACUCACGUACCUGCAUGAUUGCCACAAUCUCUCCAGGAAUGGCAUCCUGUGAAAAUACUCUUAAUACGUUAAGAUAUGCAAAUAGGGUCAAAGAAUUGACUGUAGAUCCAACUGCUGCUGGUGAUGUUCGUCCAAUAAUGCACCAUCCACCAAACCAGAUUGAUGACUUAGAGACACAAUGGGGUGUGGGGAGUUCCCCUCAGAGAGAUGAUCUAAAACUUCUUUGUGAACAAAAUGAAGAAGAAGUUUCUCCACAACUGUUUACUUUCCACGAAGCUGUCUCACAAAUGGUAGAAAUGGAAGAACAAGUUGUAGAAGAUCACAGGGCAGUGUUCCAGGAAUCUAUUCGGUGGUUAGAAGAUGAAAAGGCUCUCUUAGAGAUGACUGAAGAAGUAGACUAUGAUGUCGAUUCAUAUGCCACACAACUAGAAGCUAUUCUUGAGCAAAAAAUAGACAUUUUAACUGAGCUGCGGGACAAAGUGAAAUCUUUCCGUGCAGCUCUACAAGAAGAGGAACAAGCCAGCAAGCAAAUCAACCCGAAGAGACCCCGUGCCCUUUAAACCGGCAUUUGCUGCUAAAGGAUUCCCAGAACCCUCACUACUGUAACAUACAACGGUUCAGCUGUAAGGGCCAUUUGAAAGUUUGGAAUUUUAAGUGUCUGUGGAAAAUGUUUUGUCCUUCACCUGAAUUACAUUUCAAUUUUGUGAAACACUCUUGUCUACAAAAUGCUUCUAGUCCAGGAGGCACAACCAAGAAUUGGGAUUAAUGAAGCAUUUUGUUUCAUUUACGCAAAUAGUGAUUUACUUUUGGAGAUCCUUGUCAGUUUUAUUUUCUAUUUGAUGAAUUAAGACUGUGGACUCGAUCCAGAGCCAGAUAGUAGGGGGAAGCCACAGCAUUUCCUUUUAACUCAGUUCAAUUUUUGUAGUGAGACUGAGCAGUUUUAAAUCCUUUGCGUGCAUGCAUACCUCAUCAGUGAUUGUACAUACCUUGCCCACUCCUAGAGACAGCUGUGCUCACCUUUUCCUGCUUUGUGCCUUGAUUAAGGCUACUGACCCUAAAUUUCUGAAGCACAGCCAAGAAAAAUUACAUUCCUUAUUUGUCAUUGUAAAUUACCUUUGUGUGUACAUUUUUACUGUAUUUGAGACAUUUUUUGUGUGUGACUAGUUAAUUUUGCAGGAUGUGCCAUAUCAUUGAACGGAACUAAAGUCUGUGACAGUGGAUAUAGCUGCUGGACCAUUCCAUCUUAUAUGUAAAGAAAUCUGGAAUUAUGAUUUUAAAACCAUAUAACGUGAUUAUAAUUUUUCUUAGCAUUUUCUUUGUAAAGAACUAAAAUAUAAACUAGUUGGUGUAUAAUAAAAAGUAAUGAAAUUCUGAGAAGAGUUUUAUCUUAGGAAAAUACAUAUAUAUGCAGUGUGUGUGCCAGUGUGGUAUUACAAGACUAAUAGUGCAAUUUGAUCCUUACCAAUAUCAUUACUUAAUUUGAAGUGUUCAUUACCACCCCAAAAUACACCUUUUCUAUGUACUGUUAAAGGAAAUUGGCUUCUGAUGCAUGAACAUUUACAUGUACAUUGAAAGUAGUCCAUAAUAGAAGUUAGUUUAAGCCAAGUGUAGACAGUACAUUACUCCCUUGAAAAAGAAUUAAGCUGAAAGAGUUGACUUUGCCUUAAAAGGCAGAUCUAACCCAAGCUCCAUCCAGUACCAAAUGUGAAACUUCGUUGUUAUUUGGUGAGAAUCAUCAAAUUCUCACUAAUACAUUGUUGUAGGGCAUGCUACUUUUUAAACAGCAGCACUUAUUUUUACAGAUUGCUACUCCAAGGAAGAAAACUGGCCACUUUUCAUGUAAAUAUUUUGUUCAAAGAUUCGUAUAUCUCUCUAGGAGUUUUCCCUCAGUUCCCAGGAUGGGGUCCCGGAGUAGAUUAACAGAUAAAAAUCUCCCAAGGAUAUCUUGUUUUGAUUUAUUUACUCCAGGGAACUACCAGCUCCUUCAUAGGAGCCAAAGGGGAGCUAUGAAUAGAGAGUCACAUGAGCCAGAUUCUUUACUUUACUGUUCAUAAAACCCAGAGAGUAGUUGUGAAAGAUCCUAAUACAAGUGUGAAAAGCUCUGUAAACAUGAAAUCUAAAACAAAUGUAGAUUUUCACAAUAUGCUUAUUAAUAAAUGAAGUCUAUGGAAUAAGUUUUAGAGAGAAUUUACUUCAAUCACCUUUGUUUUGGAAGGGACUCAGGUUUUCUUGCAGCUGUAAGAUAUAUUCUAUUUGUGUUUAUUUCAAAGGGAAGAGGAAGGAUGGAGAACUGUUACAAUUGACCUUGCAGAGGAUAUUUUAAAAAAGGUAGUUUUUGAGAUUAACCGACUUUCAAAGGGCAAUAAAGACGUGAAUUUGCUCAUUUAAAGCACAACAGAUUAGCUUCAAAUUUAUUAUUUGCAUUGGAUGGGUACCGUCUUUGGAAAGUCUCCUUAUAGACAAAUAUGCUGCCUUAUACUAUGAUGGCUUCAUUCUGAUCAGGUAUUUUAAAAAUUAGUACCAGAAAAGAUAUUGGAGGUAGUAUAAUACAGUCCUUCAGCUUUACAGAUAGUGAAAACUGAAGGCCAGAAAAGGAACUAAAACUCAGAAGUUCAUAGGGGUAGAGGGAAAUAACCCGAGAAAGCCAAGUUAAAUCUUAAAAUUUUGACUAUAAGGAUAGAGAUGAUACAAGUGAACUUCGCAAAAGAGUUUUGUGAAAUUAAACAAAAAAUCUACCCUUAUGUAUAUUUCAUAUUUGUUUAACAAAAGCAGCUUGACGCUUUUGUUCUGGAUUAUACAUCAAGAACAAGCAUUAUUUUAAUUAUGUAGUAACAUUUACUAUAUGACCUUGAAGCUAGAUUUCAAAUCUGGCUUUGUUAAAUUAAUUGGAAACACUCCUUCUAUUAAUUUAGGUAUUAAAAAAAGCCAAAUAUCAAUAAAGAUAUUUUUAUUAAUUUUUUAUAGAAACAAAAUAGCUACUACAACUAUUAUAGUAUAUUAACAGCACUUAGUAUUAUAUUGAUUUAAACAUAGUAGCUAAUAAAACUUGUUUAUGACAUCUAUUGAAAUUCUCAAUCUGACAGUUUUAAAAUAGCUUAAAACUAAGCACCAGGUAUAUGAAAAAAGUACUGGAAAUUUUAAGUGUCCAGAAAUCACAGGAAUACUGGGAACCUGUAGUUACGGGAAAUGGCUGUUUUUCUGAAGUUGAAAGCAAAUAUAAAACUAUAAAACCAGUUUCAAUUACAAAACCCUUUGAAAUUUUGCUAUGUCUAUAGUUAUCUACCUAAGAACCAUAAAAAAAGAUAAUUUUAUUGUUAACUUCAUUCCAGUUUAGCUUCCUCAUUUUAUAUGUAGGGAGUCAUGCCCUUUAAAUAUGCCUGGCACUGCUCGGUGGCAGUAGCAGACUUGGGCUUACCCAGAACCCUAAGUCUCUGAUGCUAUAGGAUAGCAAAAGAGGUAGGCAAUCAUAACAGACAGUGUAUAGGAUAAAUAGAGAAGACAAUGAGAGAACCAAAAUAAAAAUACUUUAAGAAACAAUUGUUUUACUGUACAUGUGAAUAAAAGAAAUGGUACGGGGAAUGUGAAUAACAUGAAAUGGUAUGGGGAAUGUGUGACUAGUGAAGCAUAUUUUAACUGUUUUACUACUGGAGGAACAGAGCUAAAGGCCUAAAGAAGGCCUCACAGUAUAUAACAGUAAAUAGAAGAGUAACAUCUUUAUACAAUAAACUGUUAGAAAUGA